AGGAAUCAACCUAUGGUGCUUUUGAUGCCGAUUUUGCAGCAACGUCAGACCGUUGACGGACUUACACAGGUUCCUCCAGACGGUGCAGACCGAGACGGGACGGUUCAUCGAAAGGUAACCACAAAAGGCGGCGUUCCUGUCGGGCUCCCGGCCGCUGAAGCUCCGCCAUGGCAUGGCCGCUCUUCUGCGCGCCGUCCGACAUGGCGCGGUCCGGGCGUCCAGGUGGUCAUUGUUGGGCCUCGCUCUCCGUGCAACACUGCUUUGUACGGCUGCGGCGAACCCCUCUCCUUGGGUGGAGGGUGUUGGCCAUGUCAUGCUGCUGCCAGGCGAGCUGAAGCUCUUGCGGAGGUAUUUGCAAAACGCCUCGAGCUUUUUCGAGUUCGGGACUGGAGCCAGCACCGUGUAUUUGGCGACAAAGUUCCCAGAGCUUCAGAUUCACGCAGUUGAAUUGGAUGGCAAGUGGGCAGGCCUGGUGCGAGCUCAGCUGCGGCACCGUGGAUUGGAGCAACGGACUCGGGUCCGGCACGUGGACGUGGGGACCACGGAGGCCUUUGCCUUUCCGGUCGAGAAUCGGAGCGCAUGCGUCCGGCGGAAACGGCAGCAGAAGCUUUGCCGCCGGCCCUGUUUGGAGCUUUGUGAGCCGACGACUUCAGAUCGAAGUGCGUCGCGCAGGGAUCGGUGGCCGAGCUUCAGCGAUCGGAUCUUGUUGGAGAAAGCUCCAAGUCCGGGUCGCGCCAAGUCGGGGUUUGGAGUUUCAGUCGACUGGGCGAGGGUCUGAUGGGGCAAAACGUUGGUGUGGAAGAUUCCUGUGCAACGGAACCAAUCGGGAGUUGUUGGAAGUGUCCACGGAGAAUGCUGAUGGUGAGGAGCGGAGGUGGAGGGAGAGAGAGAGGGGGAGAGGGUUGUCAGCCGUAAGAUAUCAAAGCACCCCCCAGAUCACAGCGGGAGCUAUUUUCGGAUUGGGGCAUGCAGUAAGAGAGGGAGAGGGAGAGUGCUGCUACAGCUAAGAUAGAAUAGGCCCCAUCACCCAUCUCUUUGGUGAAGCUUCUUUUUGAGGCCUAUAUGUUGCGCUAGUUGUUGCGCUAUACUAUAGAUCAUUGCCAGAUAGACCCAUGGAUUGUGGACGGCUCUUUUGCGAUCUCAACUUCCCCCUGAUCCUGGCCAUGGCCGAAGCCCUCACAUCACUCACGUCCCGAGGCGCUUGGGACGUGGUCUUGGUGGACUCGCGCUUCCGUGUGGCGUGCGCGUUGAAGAGCUUUCUCCAUUUUCAUCGGGAGAAGUCGGAGAAGUCGCUGGUGCUGGUGCAUGACUUCACUCGCUUGAGGCCGUACUACCAGGAGAUCUUGCACUUCGGCACGCUGAUCUUCCGCUGGUACACUUUGGCCGUGUUCCGCCCCAAACGCUUCACUCGCGCCCAAGAGGCGGAAGAGCUGGAAGAGGCUCUCCGGCGCUUCGAGUACCAGCCGGCAUAGGAAAAAAAAGGUCCAACCUUCGAAAUGCCAUGUUUGAGACCGUGGAGCUAUUUUAUGGGAGAAGCCCGAGAAGCCUGUGGAGCAACAUCUUCUCGGACUGGGAUUGUAGGGAGAAGCCCAGGUGCCGAUGGCGGAAUAAUCCCUUUGGGGUGGCG